AUGGCCUCUGCUGCCGUGCUGUCGCGGCGGUUGCUGCUCUCCAAGACCGCACAACAUGGACUGAGGGAGUCGCGGAAUGUGCUUCGUCUUUCUGAUGCGCUCAGUGAUAUAGCUUACCCUCCCCACACCAUCAUUAGCAUGCCUGCUCUCUCGCCUACUAUGACUUCUGGAAAUAUUGGAGCUUGGAACAAAAAAGCUGGAGAUACUCUCUCUCCCGGCGAUGUUUUGGUAGAAAUCGAAACCGACAAGGCCCAGAUGGACUUUGAAUUCCAGGAGGAAGGUGUUUUGGCUAAGAUCUUGAAGGAUGCUGGUGAGAAGGAUGUCGCUGUUGGUAACCCAAUUGCCGUCAUGGUUGAAGAAGGAGAGGACAUCAGCCCAUUCGAGUCUUUCAGUUUGGAGGAUGCGGGCGGUGACAAAGCUCCUGCUGCUGACAAGUCACCCAAGGAGGCCCCGAAGCCCGAGGAGGCUGAGACCAAGGCCGCUCCAACCCCAACCUUCGAGGAGAACAAGCCAGAGGCCCAGGAAGCAGACACUACCGGAGAGAAAUUGCAGCCCAGUCUUGACAGAGAGCCAUUUGUCAGCCCGGCUGCUAAGGCGCUCGCUCUUGAGAAGGGUGUUGCAAUCAAGGACGUCAAGGGAACGGGCCCAGGUGGACGAGUCACCAAGGAAGAUGUUGAAAAGCACCAGGCUUCUGCUCCAGCUACUGGUGCCGCUGGCCCAGCCUAUGAGGACGUUCCAGCCUCCUCCAUGCGCAAGGUUAUCGCCAGCCGUCUUGCUCAGUCGAUCCGCGAGAACCCACACUACUUCGUUUCCUCCACUCUGUCUGUCACCCGUCUUCUCAAGCUUCGCCAAGCAUUGAACGAAUCCUCAGAGGGUCGAUACAAGCUUUCUGUCAAUGACUUCCUUAUCAAGGCCUGCGCUGUUGCACUCAAGAGAGUUCCCACUGUUAACUCCCGAUGGAUCGAGCAAAACGGCCAAGUGAUGAUUCGUGAGCACAAGACCGUCGACAUCAGCGUUGCGGUUGCUACUCCAUCUGGCCUUAUUACUCCUAUUGUCAAGGGUGUCGAGGGACUUGGCCUGUCCAACAUCUCCAGCCAAGUCAAGGACCUCGGCAAGCGCGCAAAGGAGAACAAGCUCAAGCCUGAGGAGUACAACGGCGGUACUUUCACCAUCAGCAACAUGGGCAUGAACCCUGCCAUUGAACGUUUCACUGCCGUUAUCAACCCUCCUCAGUCCGCUAUCCUUGCGGUCGGUACCACUCGCAAGGUAGCUGUCCGCUCCGAGCUUGAGGAAGGCACUGAAAUUGAAUGGGAUGACCAGAUUGUGGUCACCGGCAGCUUUGACCACAAGGUCAUUGACGGUGCUGUCGGAGCUGAGUUCAUGCGUGAGCUCAAGAGAGUUGUCGAGAACCCUCUCGAACUUCUCCUCUAA